AUCUGACAUCAUUGGCAAUUUUAUUAUAAGCAUUUACUGUGUAGGUUAUUUAACAUAAAUAAUGUCCGCGUUUAUAUUGAUUUAUUUCUUUAUUGUAUUGGAGAAAAUUACAAGCCAUCCAAACAAUUUAGCAUGGACCGGGGGUCCCAUUCAUUCAGAAUGUGAACAUAGCGCAAAUUUUCUUGUCGGAAGUGAACAAUAUGUGAACGAUAAUGUGAUAGUUACCAAAGCUGUUACAUACAAAGAUGAUAUCUACGUUAUUUCUCCCAGAUUCAAACACGGUGUGUUAUCAACUGUAUGGCAACUGGUGAAUGGACGACGUGGACCAGAGUUGCAGGUCUACCCAGCACUCAUCCACAAUAAAAUUGGAAACUGUCAAGCAAUACAAAAUGCCGUCGACCAGCAUCUUGACCACUUGGGUAACUUAUGGAUACUGGAUACGGGCAUAGUGGAGAUAAUGGAAUCGCCACGUUGUAUAUGUCCAGCCAAAAUUGUGGUUAUCAAUACAGUCCUGGGAAAGCUGACUAAGCAUAUAAGCCUCUCAGCGCUGACAGACUCAUCGUCACAACUGCAGAAUUUGGUUGUGGAAUAUGAAUUAGGAGUGAAGCCUUUUAUAUAUAUAUCAGAUUCUAGAAGAGGUGCGAUACUCGUUCAUGAUGUUAUAUCUAACACUGAAUGGACUGUACUAGCAUGUGCCCCAACAAGUGGUUUACAGUUAGCCCUCGUAAAGAAAGGGGCUACAAAUACUGUUCUAAUACUUAUUAGACUACAACACCAAGGAUUGUUAGAAUUAGACACAGCAACCCUACGAAGAAAAAAAUCACCUGCUCCCGUUAGAGUAUUCGGCGAACGUUCUAAGCGUGUAGUCCUCCUUGGAUUCGACGCUCACCACGUUUAUUUACGACACGCUGAAUGUGCAGAUGUGCUGUCUUGGGACGCUCGUAAUGCAUACAACGCAUCCAAUCUUAUCAACAUUCACUCCCCAGGACCAAGGUUGACGCCCACCUCGGUGACUGUCAACCCUUUAAAGCAGGUUCUAAUAGUUCUUGAUUCUAAUUAUGGUGACACUAUUCGCAAUAGUAACCUGCCUACCUACCACAGAAUCACUUUUAUUGGGAAAAUUUAAAUACCCCUACAUUAUAUGAAUUUGUAUGUUUUAGAAAGUAAAAACUAUUAAUUUUAAUAUUUUCAUUAUUAGUCAUAUGUUCAUUUGAUGACAUAAAAGUGGAUAUUAUAAA